AUGAUCACGAGGGCAGCCCAAGAGGAUGAUGCACUUCUACAUGUAGUAGCCGAAUUUCGACGAGAUGUCGAGCAAGGCAAAAAACAAGAGCUACAUGUACGAUCGUCAAACGAUGAGGAGCUGCCGAGCAUCCAAGAGGAAGCCAUGGACAUCCUGAGACUUGCGGUUCCUAUUUUCAUUGCAAGACUUUCCUUUGUGGGGAUGAAAACCACCGACACGGCACUGCUGGGCCACGUGAGUUCGAAAGACUUGGCCGCAUCGGCAUUGUCCGAUUUAUGGACCAUGUGUACCCAAGUGAUUAUGAGUGGACGCAUCCUGGGAGUACUAGUGGGAGCGGCUGUUGGGGCGGGAAAUCCAAAAUUGGCCGGCAUUUACUUGCAAGUGAGUUGCGUCGUGUUGGGGAGUAUGGCGGUGCUCGUGUUUGUGGCGUGGAACUGUACCAAACAAGUAUGGCUCCGAUUUGGCAGCGAUCCCGAAAUCAGUGCCAUGGCCGGAUACUACGCCCGGGUCCUCAGUUUUGCCAUUCCCGCCAUUGUGGCAUUUCGACAAUUCUCCAAUUUCUUUUCGGCACAACGGAUUAUGCAUCCCGAACGAAACAGUGCCAUGGUCGGAUUGUCACUCAAUCUCAUUCUGGGACUGGUCUUUGUAUUGGGAUGGCCCAUUCCAGGAUUUGAGGGAUAUCAGUUCACGGCGUGUCCCAUUGUGACAGUGGCCGUGACGUAUAUCCAAUUAGCAACGCUGGUCAUGGUCUAUCUGUGGAGGCAAAAACUACAUGAACCGUGUUGGGGUGGAUGGGAUUGGAACGAAAUUACAUGGGCGCGCAUCAACACGUAUUGUGAACUAUACUUUCCGGCCGCCAUGUCAUUGGCGUCGGACUUUUGGAGGGUGGCAGUGAUCGGGGCUAUCGCUGCCAGAUUGGGAGAAGAACAAGUUGCUGUAUUCAAUACUAGCUACAGAAUCAUGUGGAUUGCGCUCAUCAUGGUCGGCGCCAUGUCCAAUGCAUCGGCCAUCAAUAUGAGUAUACGACUCGGAAAAAAUCAACCAGAAGGGGCCAGACAAGCAGGAUACGUUGGCAUUGCCAUGGCGACCGCCAUACUAACUGUGUUGAGUACCCUGAUUCUAUGUCACAGCGACUGGUUUGGGAGAAUAUUCACCGAGGACCCCGUCUUUUUACAAAUGUUCAAUGAAGCCAGUGUCCCAUUCACGUUCACUCUAUUCUUCAUGAACCUGGGUGUGGCCAUUGAACGUAUUCCAUAUUCGAUGGGUCGGACGAGAGACUUGUUUUGGACGGGGUUUCUGGCAUCGUGGGGAGGCCAAGUACCUGGGGUCAUUUUGUGCACCCAGUAUUGGAGAAGUGAUCUUUUUGGUCUGUAUACUGGCAUGGCAAUCGGAUAUGGCAUGCUGGUAAUCCUCUACUCUGUCAUCACUCUCAAAAGCGACUGGGUGCAGUAUGCCGAAAUUGCCCGUAGACGAUCAGAAGUUGCAAUGACGUAG